AUGACUUCAAGUGCUGGCGGAGUGGUCUUUCAUAUGGAGACGGUUAUCGCUGUUGUCACCGCUACAUUUACGACACAAGAAGAAAGACACUCUUGGACUUUGAUUGCAUCUUUUAUUUGCCUCUUGCUCUGGAUUUCGAUCACUACUGGGUUGUCUUUCUACUACCACGCCUUCUUGCUCAGACAACGCUUUUGGUGCGCUGUAUCGGUUAUCUUGCCCACUCUUGUUUGGGCCGUACUCGUUUAUACGAAAAACUCCGACGUUGGCCACGCCUUCCACUUUCUUCCCGUCUGCAUCGAAUUUGGCUUGAUUCCACUUGCUAUAUCCUACCACGAAGAGCCUACAAAGCCAGUUACAGAUGACGACAACCAAAGUCCAGCAGCGUACAACUUUCCAGACCAACAACUGUCCCCGGGAGCGGAAGCGGGAUCUUUCGCGCCGCCACGAAGCGGAUCAACAACGCUGCACAAUCAACGGCAGUACGAGGCCGCUUAA